AUGAGUUCACUGUUCAAAGAGAAAGAGGACGGGCAGCAGAUUGGAGAGUGGGAGACUGCCAGUGCAAACCCUGCAGUGUCAGCUUUGUCAUACACCUUCACCUUCUGUGGUGAUGGCACCACCGCAGCCCCUUCGCUGCCUGGCUCCUGUAACACCCGGAAGGACGAACGCAUUCCUGUCUUUGAGGAUGGGGACAACAUUAGCCUCAUUCCUUCACUGUAUGUUCACUACACAGAUGUGGUGAUCAAUAUCAACGGAAAUAUCAUCAAAUGGAUGAAUACUUGCUGCUUCCUCAGACUUUCCUCCUCAAAUAAAGUGAAUGUGAAUUGCCUGUAUGUUUAUGCACACAAGCUGAUAACAAGACACCCUGGCAAUGGGAAGGAGCUUCUGGUGGUGACACUUUCACUAGGAGCAGGGCCUCAGGCUGGAUCAGUAGCACAACAUGAACCAAAGACUGUGGAUGACAGAGCGAGUCCAUGGAACCUGGCGACCUAUCCCUACGACAAAUACCACCCCAUGGGGGAGAUCUAUCAGUGGAUAAAUCAGAUAAGUGAGAAGUACAAGGACGUGGUGACUCAGCAUUUCCUUGGGAUGACCUACGAGACCCGGCCCAUGUAUUACUUGAAGAUCAGCCAACCAUCUAAUAAUCCCAAGAAGAUCAUUUGGAUGGACUGUGGAAUUCAUGCCAGGGAAUGGAUUGCGCCAGCUUUUUGCCAAUGGUUUGUAAAAGAAAUUCUACAAAACUAUAAAGACAACUCAAAGAUAAGAAAUUUCCUUACACACCUUGACUUCUACGUGCUUCCGGUUCUUAACAUCGAUGGUUAUAUCUACACUUGGACAACUAAUCGACAGUGGAGGAAAUCCCGCUCACCCCAUAAUAAUGGCACAUGUUUUGGAACAGAUCUCAAUCGAAAUUUUGAUGUGCACUGGUGUAGUAUUGGUGCAUCUAAAAAUUGCAGUGAUUUAAUGUACUGUGGGACAGGACCAGUGUCUGAACCAGAGACUAAGGCUGUUUCCAGCUUAAUAGAGAGCAAGAAGGAGAAUAUUCUGUGCUUCCUGACCAUCCACUCUCAUGGGCAGCUCAUUCUCACACCUUAUGGAUACACCACAGAUAAAUCAAGCAACCAUGAAGAACUGAUCCAAGUUGGACAGAAGGCAGCAAAUGCAUUGAAAGCAAAAUAUGGAACCAAUUAUAAAGUUGGAUCAAGUGCAGACAUUUUAUAUUCCACAUCCGGGUCUUCAAGAGACUGGGCUCGGGACAUAGGGAUCCCCUUCUCCUACACUUUUGAGCUCAGGGACACUGGGACACAUGGGUUUCUUUUACCAGAGGAUCAGAUUCAAGCCACCUGUGAGGAGACCAUGGAGGCCGUGCUCUCGAUCGUGGGUGACGUCUACGACAAGCACUGGCGCUCAAACUCCGCGGCAAAGGUGACAUCCACCGCCGUGGUGCUGAGCCUGCUAACGUCUUUCACUGCUCUUCUCUAAGUACCUCCUACCAGGCCUACUUAGCCCCACGGUGUGUUACUGAUCAGAGGGAAGAUGUUUGAGGUUCUAAA